AUGUUCUGCAUAAUCGUUAUUUUAUCAUUAUUUUCUAUUGUACAAUCUGUUUAUAUUGGUAAAAUGGAAAAUAAUACAAUGGUUGCCACAAUCAAUACAACAUUGGUUAAUGUAACUCUCGAGCAAUGCACAUGUGCAUUAUUGUUAACAUUAAACCAAUCACUUACUGUUGCUUUAAAUUAUUUUCACAUGAAUCAGACUUGUCAACUAUUCAGUUAUAACUCUACUUCGAUUUGGAUAACAUCAAAUGUUCGCUGUACUUUCAAGUUUAUCAAUCGAACAUCAAUACUAAUACAAAGUUUCCAAUCCGAUAGUAAGUUCAACACAUAUAUAUCCCAAUCAGUUGUGACAACCGCAGCAAUACAAUAUUCUUCUCUUUUGUUCCAAGGAUCAACAUCAACAACAACUACGACUCAGACGACGUCGACCACCGCAGCUCAAUUUAAUUUGACAUUUUCGCUGCAAGUUGCGUAUCCAACGGGAAUUAGUUCAUAUCCGGCACCUGUUUUUGUCGCUGAUGUCAAUCAAGACAAUAACUUGGACAUCAUUGUUGGAAACUUUGGAUCUGAUACGAUUGGCAUUUUCUUGAAUACCGGAACUGGUACAUUUCGUUCCCCAAUAAAUUAUAUAUCUGCAACUGGGUACAUUUCCAAUCCUAAUUCUUUGUCGGUGACUGAUGUUAAUGGUGACAACACGCCCGAUAUUAUUGUUGCAAAUCAAGGAGCUGAUAAUGUUGGUGUUUUCUUUAACAUUGGUAAUGGUACAUUUAUUUUUUCGUCAACAUAUUCAACUGGAAGUAGUUCAUAUCCGGCGUGUGUGUCAGUCUCUGAUAUUAACAAUGACCAGAAGCCCGAUAUUGUCGUUGUCAAUUUUGGUACUGAUAAUAUCGGUGUGUUGCUUAAUUUUGGAAAUGGUACGUUUCGUCCUCAAAUAUUAUAUUCAACUGGUUCUAAACCACAAAGCGCGUAUAUACUGGACGUCAAUGGAGAUGAUAAGCCAGAUAUUAUUGUUGGAAAUUACGGUGAUGGUAAUGUUGGCGUUUUUAUCAACUAUGGCAAUGGUACGUUUCGUUCUCAAGUAUCUUAUUCGACUGGAGGUAAUUCGAAACCGUAUUCUGUGUUUGUUGAAGACAUGAACAGCGAUGGAAAGUUUGAUAUUAUUGUCGCAAAUAGUGGCAAUCGCAAUGUAGGCGUUCUAUUUAGCUAUGGUAAUGGAACAUUUCGUUCUCAAAUAACUUAUUCAACUGGAAGUGGUUCGAGUCCGUAUUGUGUAUUUGUCAAUGACAUGAAUAACGAUGGAAAACUUGAUAUUAUUGCCGUAAAUCGUGGCACAAACAACGUUGGAAUUUUCCUGAACACCGGCAAUGGCACAUUUCUUUCCCAGCAAACCUUUGCAGUUGGCUCACAGCCGUUUUCAUUGUUUGUGGCUGACAUUAAUUUCGAUAGUAAAUCCGAUAUUGUCGUAACAAACCUAGGUAGCGACAAUGUUGGAGUCUUACUGGCCAAUUGGUAUUAA